CCAGAGAACACCAGGUUCAGCGGCUGUCUCCCAGCAGGCUUAGCGCGGCAACAUGGCGGCGUCCAUACUGCCCCAUGCUGGGUCAUGUCUCCGCAGCCGCCCCGGGCUCCGCUGCCUGAGCCUGCAGGUGAGCUGGGGCGGGAGGGUGGUGAAGCCGGUCCGGAAGGAGCCCCUCGAGAUCCCGGGGCUGGAGAGGAUCACCUACGCGGACAGGAUGUACCAUGUCCCCUGGCUGGCUCGCCCCACCUUCCCCGAGUUUAGGAAGGACUGGGCUGACCCCGGACACUACCGGGCGCCCCCGCCGGAGGAGAUGGAGCUGUACCGGGAGCGACCGAGCUAUGUGUUCCACCGCAGCUGCCGCAUGGUGGGAGGUUUGUACAUGGCUGUGGGAGGAAGGCGGACAGGCACACCAAUGUUUCCUUCUUCAGAUUGAUCGACAGCCCAUGGAAAGUGCUCUCUGGCCGUAUGUAGCAAUCAUAUGGUGCAGGGGGUAUCAGUGAUUAAUGGCAUUCCAUGUCAGCCCAUCUAUAUGGUCCCUGGUGGCUCUGCUUUCCCUCUAUGGGGACAAGGAGGACAUGGUAUCCUAAUGGGUGACCUCUAUUCUCUUUAACCCCUUAAGGACCAAACUUCUGGAAUUAAAGGGAAUCAUUACAUGUCACACAUGUCAUCUGUCCUUAAGGGGUUAAGGAAUUGGGCUACGCGGGGGAGGGAGAUUGUGCAGGAGGAGGGCUCAUGUAGUCCCUGCUCUCCUUUGUGCUGUUGGAUGUAUGCAUGGUGCUUAAAGGGACACUAUAGUCACCAGAACAACUACAGCUUAUUGAAUGUGUUCUGGUGAGUAGAAGCAUUACCUUCAGGCUUUUUGCUGUAAACACUGUCUUUUUAGAGAGAAUGCACUGCUUACAUUACAGCAUAGAGAUAACUCAGAUGGCUACUAGUGUUGCCUCUUGGGGGCAAUGAUGCACAUCACUGACAUUUAGUUUUCUCAGGGUUGCCACCUUUCUGGUAAAAAAAAAAAACGGCCGUUCUAAUUUGCAUAAUUAAUUUAUGCAUGCGUGACAUCACAAGAUGUAAAUCACAAGGAGUGACAUAACAGAAAAUUCUUUAAAAUCACCAAAUAACUUGGUUUGAUUCUGUUGUAUAGAGUGAUUUCUCCCACUGUCUCCCUGCACAGUGUCUUCAUGUGUCCCCAUGUCUCACAGCGACCCCAGAUGUCUAUGUCCUCAUGUCUGCUAGUGUCUCAGUGGUGUCUCCAUGUCUCUCAGUAUCCCCUAGUGUCUGUGUCCCCAUGUCUCCCAGUUUCCGCGUCUGUGUCUCCCAGUUUCCGCGCCUGUGUCUCCCAGUUUCCGCGCCUGUGUCUCCCAGUUUCCGCGCCUGUGUCUCCCAGUUUCCGCGCCUGUGUCUCCCAGUUUCCGCGCCUGUGUCUCCCAGUUUCCGCGCCUGUGUCUCCCAGUUUCCGCGUCUGUGUCUCCUUCUGUCUCCCCUAGUAUCUGUGUCCCCAUGUUCUCAUGUGUCUGGGUCUCUGAUCCCCCCUGUGUUCCCGUGUUUGCGUCUCUGAUCCCCCCCCUGUGUUCCCAUGUCUGGGUCUCUGAUGGUCCCCCCUGUGUUCCCAUGUCUGGGUCUCUGAUGGUCCCCCCUGUGUUCCCAUGUCUCUGAGAUCGGGGUAUGUGGGUAUACGCAGGGAGUUCUGGCUUUUUGUUUAAUUUGGACAUCUGAUAAAGCAUGUACAGCAUUCUAUUAUUCCUUUCCUCCUGUUUUAGUGGCAUGGUUAGUAUUGCUAUCCCCCCUUCCUACUAUAUUUAUGGGGGUCAUGUGCAGUAUGGCUAGUCUUAUAUUUGAAGGAUAUAACUACAGUAUGUUUACUUUAACCAUUUACUGCUUAAAGGGACACUAUAGUCACCAGAACAACUACAGCUUAUUGAAUUUGUUCUGGUGAGUAGAAUCAUUACCUUCAGGCUUUUUGCUGUAUACACUGUCAUUUCAGAGAAACUGCUAUGUUUACAUAGCAGGGUUAAUCCAGCCUCUAGUGGCUGUCUUUCUGAAAGCCGCUGGAUGCGAAAUUCGCAUCCAACGUGCAGAACGUCCAUAGGAAAGCAUUGAGAAAUGCUUUCCUAUGGACUGUUUGAAUGCGUGCGCAGCUCUUGCCGCGCAUGCACAUUCCGCUCCACUCAGGAGCUGACGUCGGAGUGGGAGGAGUGGUCACCAGUGCAGAAGGAGCCUGGCGCUGGAUUAAGGUAAGUGACUGAAGGGGUUUUAACCCCUUCAGCCCAGCGGAAGGGGGACCCUGAGGCUGAGGGUCCACCAAGGAUGACGUAGUGUCAGGAAAACGGGUUUAUUUUCCUGACACUAUAGUGAUCCUUUAAGGGGGGGCAAGCCACCUUAAUGGUGGGUUUAGCAUCAUAGGGUCAGGAAUACAUGUUUGUGUUCCUGACUCUGUAGUAUUCCUUUAAAUAAUGUGUAUGACAAGCACUUAUUUUAAAGGUAUUCAUGCAUGUUUCCAGGUGAAAUAUAGGCACAACUGAUGGCAUUUAAAUACGUAUCAACACAGUGUUGCACAUGGGUCAACUGUUCUAAAGAUUUUAUAUUUCCUUUAUUUUAGGAGUAAAACAAGCCCUUUGGCUGACCAAGUCCAAGCUGAUUGAAGGUCUUCCAGAGAGAAUACUUAGCAUAUGUAAUGACCCAGCGUAUCAAUUCUCCAACCACGAACAACUGGUGCACAACCUAAUUAAUCAAGCAUGUAUAUGGAACAACAAGGAAGAACAGCCAACCAGGGAAGAAUACUGGUUAGUGUGAACUAUCACAUGUGUAAUAUCCAGUCUGAAUGUGAUCUGUCUGUGGUCGUACAACGAUUGGUUUCUGCCUGUUGGCAACCCCUGUAGGAAUUGCUGAUAGGUAUUCCACCUGAGACAAAUUGCUGAGCAAAUGGGUAUUGAUUGCAAACUGUAAUGACAAUUGAUACCUUAGCAGCACCCAUAAUCCUUUUCCAGGAAGUUGAAACAAGUUAGUGGUUGUUUUUCUCUUUUAAGAUUACGAAACUUGUGAGUGAGGACGAGGGGCACAAUUAUUGUUGAGUGCUGUGUAAAUUGAGGCUAUAAAAUUAUUCUGUAGAUAAAUGGCAGCCAGCAUGUAGCUUUUCAGUUGCCGUAGAACUACAGCUCUAUGAUGCUCAAAGAGCAAUUAACGUUUUUUUUGUUUGUUUGUUUUUUUAGAAUGAUUGCAGAGCAUCAUUACUGCUGUAAUGCUACUGUUUUAAAACCUACAAUGAAUCUAAUUUUGUAUGCCUUACUUUCCUCAUACAUAAUUUUUACUGUAUGUAACCGAUCCCUUAUACUCCAACUGAGUAUAUCCGUUGCAAAACUCCUAAGUGAAUGAGUGACUAGAGCUCUUGGUUACCCAAACAUCAGCCGAGACUUGAUGAAGGGUACAAUAGGAAUUACUUUAUUGAAGGUAAGAUGCACAGACCCUGCCACAGGGGUCUUCAUUCAAAGUAACAUAAAACAUAAGCCCACCCAGGCGUCGCUGUGUCUGGGAGAUAAUGGUAUCUCCGGACACAGGAAGCCAAAUACACAAAAUACAAUCAUGUAUACCCACAUGUCAUACAUCCCUGAGAAGCUCCCGGUCCCAGCUAUGAUCUCUACAAAUAUCGUAGCGAUCGGAUGUACAGAGCCUGAGAAAUCAUCGUGUAAAGUCUGGGCUUGAAGCUCUGUACAUCCCUGAAAAUAGUUCCACAGAAUUACUUGGUUUCGACCGGUGGAUUCAACUUUCGCACCUAAACCAAGUGGCGACCAAUCAGAGCUCAGGGAGGGGAAGAGUUACAAGGUAAGCCCUCUAACUCGUGCCAGCCAAUUGGGAGAAAGGACGCAAAACCAUUUCAACGGUAGCUCCCUUUCCCAUUGGUCACCGCGGACUUCCAGACAGCCAGCAGGACUCUGCCGCUGUGAGGCUCCAGAGGGUCGGCCAGGUCUCGCGUCUCUCUCCGGUGGAUAUCUCCGCGUAGCUAGCACCGGAGAGAGCGCUCUUCGGGCAGUUACUAGCCCAGACCCGUAGCUCCCGGGAGGGCAAGCAGGGGGAGCAAACAAAGGGAUAGAAGGGAUGGUGGGAACGGGAGGAAUAUAGCAGUUUGGGGACACUGUUUUGGUGGGUUGCAGGACUAGGAACACAGUUCGUUACACUAUAGAGCAAGGCAUAACAUUUAAAGUUGUACACUAGAUAUUCAGUAACUAAUUUACUACCAAUUACAGAAUCACACCUUUCCUUUGAAGCCAUGUCCAAAGCAUUCAUUUGACGACCUGUUUUAAUCUGCUAAUAAUUUUACAUAUGCAUUGUAGCUUGAUUUGCAGGUCUAAUACAGAGCUCACCAGACAUCCACUUUAAACCAAGGCGAUUGGAAGCCCUGCAUGCUACUGUACCUCACCCAACAUCUUCUCUGAUCAAUUCAAAUAUGACUUUAUUUUGUUAUCUAUAAUAGAGUCCCAUUAAAGGAACACUAUAGGCUCACAGACCACUUCAUCUCAAUUCACACUAGCUUCAAAAUGCUUUCCAAUGGGAAAGUACUGGAUUGGCUGAGAUCAUCAGUCUCGAUGAUCUCAGCCAAUGAGGCGGAGCAGUACGCUGGAGACCAGCACUGCGAGGGAGAAGGGGUAAGCAAACUCACAUGUUUAACCCUGUUGCACUUUAGUGUUAGGAAUAAACAUUUGUAUUCCCAAACCUAUAGUGUUCCUUUUAAGGUUGUAAACUUUAAUAAAUUUAAUUAGUUUUUUAUAAUACUGGCUAGAAAAACUCUAGUAUCUUUGAGAAAUAAGUGUCACUCACUUUAUUUCUGUUUCCCAUUUAAGCCCAAAGCUGUUACAAGGCCUGUUGCAUUUGUGCCGGACACAGAACAGUAAAUUUUCUGCCCUUUCGGAAAGGAGCAUUGUUGAGAAUUGCCGCUUGGCUACUUUUUGGAAAAGAGGUACGUUUUGAAGCAUUUUAAAAUUAAAUAACUCUAUUUAUGUUUGGCAAUGCUAGGCUUCAGCAUUCAUUAGCUGACUGCUGAUUGUCAUCUUAGUGAAACGGUACUUGAACUCAUCCUGUUCUUUACACCCUUUUUAAAGGGACACACAAAAAAUAAGAGGGCACAAAUACCAGUUUUAGGUACAAUACAUACAACAGUAGAAACCAUGCAAAGGGGGAAUGAAACAGAUACAAUCAUGGCUCAAUACAAUUUAUUGAAUAUAAAACACACAAACAAUAAAAAAAAAAAAUUAUGCAAACACAUUUGUGAGUGUUUUUUUUUUAAUCUAAUUAUACAUGUGCAAAGAAAACUCUCUGCCUAAAAACGCUGUAUAGUCCCAUCGUUCAGACCUUGAUGCAAAGGCUCUUGAAAGAUCUGAUGGUCGUGAUCCAGUAGGUCUCCAGGCUUCUUCUGUUAUUGCAAGGCAGGGUCGACUGAAAUCCAGUGUAAUACAACUACUCAGAUAGAUAGGCUUCUACAUGUUUAAUCCAAGCGUAGUUAAGGUAUCAAGGACAAAAACUUUUAUUUUUUAUUAUUAUUAUUGUUUGUUGGUGUGUUCUCUCGUUUCCUCUUAUUUAUUGUGUGUUCUGUUUAUUCAGUGAUUCUUGUGAAGUUAUUCCUUGAGUGGCUGCACUUCACCAGUUAGCAUUUUACAUUUAAUGUAUGGGCCUUUUAUUUGGUUUAUUGUUGAUGUGACCUUUUAAAGGGAUGCCAUCCUAAACAUUUUAUUAUCUUAUUGUAAAGGGCAUUAUCUGUACAUACUUGAAUGGCAGUGAUAGACUCUGAAUGCCAGGUGUUAUAUUGCUGAUCAAUACUGUAAAAAUGUACGCCUCUUUCACAGGUUCUGACACAUAUCAUGUGCGUGGGAUUAAUGGCUUUCUUAUGAGUGCAAAAAGCCCUCUCACCCGGAUCGCCUCAGACAGUGAGAUCCAGGCUACCGAGCAGCACACACUGGAGUCUUUGUACCCGAUAGCUCCUGCUAUUGACCUCCAGGAAGUCAUUGUGUAUGAGGAAAGAAAUGAUUCAGGUAUCUUUUAAUAUUUAAAUGAUGUUGUUUUUCCCAUCCUGACUCUCCUCCAUUCCAACGGAAAACUGAAUUAAUGUUAAGGCUUGCUUACAUGACAAUUAGAAGUCAUCUGAGCAGUAAGCUUGGAUCUGCAGUUCUCUCCUCUAUGCUCCUCUCCCAUCAGUACAGCAUGCCCAUUUCCACAACAAUGUUAAUGAAGACAUUGCAGCUUAUAGGAUCCCUAGGAGAGAGAGGUUUACCAUGAAAAUGAAAGACUUUUUGUAUUGUAAUUUACUGUUUAAAUGACUUCAGUAUUGUUAUAUAACUAGUUUAGUUUAUUUUAAUAUUUAAAGGGACACUAUAAUCACCAGAACAACUACAGCUUAUUGUAGUUGAUCUAGUGAGUAGAAUCAUUGCCUUCAGGUAUUUAAAUGCAAACACUGCCUUUUCAGAGAAAAGGCAUUGUUUACAUUGCCUCCUAGGGACACCUCCAAGUGGCCAUUCCUAAGAUGGCCACUGGGGGUGCUUCCUAGUGCAGUGCUGCACAUUGUGCAGCAUUGCUGUUUAGCGUCUCUGCACUCUGAAUGGAGACGCCGAAUAUUCCUCAUAGAGAUGCAUUGGUUCAAUGCAUCUCUUUGAGGAGGUGCUGAUUUGCCAAAACGUCAUUUGGCUUCACCCCAUCCCGCCUCUUUGCCGAUUUUAGCCAAUCCAAUUUGGUCCUGCCUCCUUGCUGAUUUUAGUGCUUUCCCUAUGGGCAAAAAAAUCCCAUUCUGAUGUCACCAAGGAGUUGGAUUGGAAGAAGGGCCAGUGUGGGUGGACCUGCGCGGCAUUGGAAAUAAAGUUGUUUUAACAUUUUCUAAAGGUGGGGGCAAGCCACCUAAAUGUUUGUGUUCCUGAUCCUGUAGUGCUCUUUUAUCAUAUGUAGCUAUAAUACACUAAAAUAAAGUUUGGUGGGGUGAGGGCCUGUGUUUGCUUUUAAUGAUAUGUCUCUCUUCUUUUCAUGACUAAAGUGUAUUGCAUUUAUAUUAAGAUAAAUAAACUGCAAUCUUUGCUAAUUCAUGCAUGCUAUGUUAAUCUCUUAGGUUUCAAACCUGGGUACCCAUUCACUCACCCUCACACUUUGUUCCUCAUCGAGCCCUGUAGCACCAAAGCCAAAUUCUCACCAGACCAGCUCCGAGCAAAGAUGAUCAUGUUGGCAUAUGGCAGUGCACUGGCCAAAGCCAGAAGUCUGUAUGGGGUGAGUUAAAAUGUUUUACUGCAUGUUCCCCACUUAAUCUAACUUAAGGCUUGCAUGUCUGACAUUAUUUGUGGCAUAGGGAUUUAUUUACUGUACAACUGGGUUAUCUACUAAAAGCCAAAACUGUAGCAGAGAAUUGGCCAUGGGUCCACCCAUUUGGGCAUUAUGCCGAACGCGGCAACCCAUAGAGAUUAUACAGAAAGAGGUGUGGUAUAUGUUUUUAAUAUUCUCUUUUUUUUCCCCCUUUUAAUUUCUCUAUAUGGCCUUCCAAAUAGGAGAGUUGUCCCUUCCAUUAUUUUUUUUUUUUUUUCUUUUAUGUGUAAGUUAACUAUGUUGGCCUUAAGUUUUUAAUGUGAAAAGGUGCUCUGAGGUUCAUCAGGAAGUCUUGGAAUGUCAUUAUACAGUUGCACAUCUGACAGAGUGUCAGCUGAUGCUCUAAGCCAAUUAGUAGCUCCCCAUUCAUAAAAAUGAUUGAGAAAUGACGUACGUUUGAUAGCUUCCUGUGCUUCACGAGGUAAUGUUAUGCGGGGUGAAUGGCAGAAGAAGGGAGCUCUAUGUGCUUCUUGCAGCUGGUCACACAGACAUUGCUUUAAAAAAAAAAAAAAAAGGGGGUGUGAGGAGCAAGAGCCACUAAAAGUAUGUAAGAUAAACACAUGGGCAAAUUGUUUAAAAUUAAUAAACACUUUUAAAGGGACACCACAAGGACCCAGACCACUUGGUAUCAAAGAAGUGGUCUGAGUGAUAUGUUCCCCUUGUUUUAACCCUGCAGCUGAAAACAUGGCUGUUUGGCAGGAACACUACAUUACAGGGCUAACUUGCAUCUGUUGGCUGUUAUAAAACGCGACCAUUUUUAUCAUAUGGUUUCAUAAAGACCAUCUGAUUAACGCAGAGCACACUAGCCUCCCAAUACUUUACUCUGGAAAAGCAUUGGAUUACCUGAGAACAUCAAUCUCUAUCCCGGUCAAAGAGGCAGAGCGGCAUGCUGGGGAGAAAAGUCAAGUAAUCUCACAUUUCUUAACUGGCAGCAAGGGCCUGGUCCCCUAUAGUGCCUAUGGCACUAUACCAUUAGCAAUACAUGUCUGUUCCCUUAAAUGGUGAAUUAACAUUAAGCUUCCAAUACACAGUUACCCAUUAAUUUUCUUUCUUCUAAUUAGAGCUAUUUUCUCUUCAAUUUUGCAAGGCAUACUCAUUGUUUUGUAGGAAAAACUUGAGUUAUUAUAAAUAUAUGCAGAGAGAACUUGCUGGCAUUUCGGGUCUGGACUGCCCGUAUGGGUGGGACCAGUCUGAUAUGCUUCAGAUAUGUUCUCUCUGUAAUGGCACAAGUUGAGCUAAAACCAGCAUGAGUUCUGAGCGGGGACCCACCGAAGGGCAGGCUAUUUUAGCUGCUGUCCGUUCUCAGAAUACUCUUGCGACCCAUUGUUUGCUCUCCAUUAGUCUAAAGGGUAAUCCAGACGUGGACCCCUUGCUCACGGUGCCUAGAGAGAUAUCAGCUAUGCCUCACUGACGAUGCCUAACAAGGCUGAAACGAUCGUCUGGGGUUGCUGUAUCUCUCGUGCAGAGAGAACUUGCUGGCAUUUCGGGUCUGGACUGCCCGUAUGGGUGGGACCAGUCUGAUAUGCUUCAGAUAUGUUCUCUCUGUAAUGGCACAAGUUGAGCUAAAACCAGCAUGAGUUCUGAGCGGGGACCCACCGAAGGGCAGGCUAUUUUAGCUGCUGUCCGUUCUCAGAAUACUCUUGCGACCCAUUGUUUGCUCUUUAUUAUAAAUAUAACAGGUUCUAUUUUAUUUAUAUAUAUAUAAUUUUCUCAGAUUUCACAUGAAGGACAUUGAUGUAAAAGAUUGUACAAGUUACUGGGGGGAAAAAAUCUGUAAAAUUAAAUGUAUUUGUUCAAACUUUUAGGAUGACGCAGAGGUCUUGGAACAACCAAUUGUCGUCCAAAGUAUUGCCACUGAUGGUCAGUUGUUCCAGUUUAUGACAUUUCAGCUGAACACCAUGAAUUUGGCUUCGGACGAUGGAGUGAAAAACCUUGUGUGGAUGGAUUCUGAUCAGGCCCUCUAUGAUACUGCUCUACGUUUGCCAAAAAAGAAGAGGAGGGUUGUUGUGGUGAGUAUUGCAAUGGAUUUUUGGUGAAUUAAAACAAGAUGUUUUUAGAGUAAGGUGUAAUUUAACCGAAACUCCAGUAUUAUUAAAAGUAUAGGCUCCUUGCCUAUAUUAUGAUGAAAGGAGAUCCACUCUCUUCACAUCUUUUGACAUUUGCAGCAAUUAAGAAAAAUUGCUACACAUUGCAGGAGCAAGUGAUCAAUUACAAAGAUCAGGAUCUAAAAGCUUUAAAUGCAAAACUUGCAAUAAGGCUGUCUUGUAAGACCAUUGGCCAAUCUUUACAUUUGUAGAAAUCUUUGAUUGCUACUGAGGCAAUUGCUAAUUUGGAUAUACCCAUAAAUUGCUGCUCACUAGUUUGCCAAUGAUGUGCACAGAUUUGUAGCCACUUCCUUGUCACUAUGAAAGCAGCUGCCAUACAGGAAAUUAGGGGGGGGAGGAUAGGGGUGUUAUAAAAAUGUGAUUCUUUGUUAACUAAUUUCCAUAUGCCCACCCAGAAUACUUUGCGGUAGUAACAUCACUGCAAAUUUGUGAUUUCUGUGGGAAAAGCAAGUCUUAUGGCUUGACUGGUGCGCAGAUUUUGGUUUAACAUUGUAUUAACUAUCCCCUAAAUGAUAUCCAUAAUACAUGAGGUUUCCAAAGCCAGCAAUCACUAUUCAAAUAGUGAAUAUAUUUAUUUAUAUUUUGUAGUUUUGAUUGGAAAGCUGAGAGAUUGGUAUUUACAGAUAGCAUGAUUGAAAUCAAACGCUUUAAAUUGUCCCUUUGUUUAAGAUUUAAUUUACCCGAACAACCCCAAUUACAGUGAUUGGCCACCAGACAUGCUUUACACCAACAAUUGCCAUGAAACUUUAUAGAUCUUCUGUUGGCAGUUCCUGACAUGUUUCUUCCUACCUUGGCCAGUACGGAGAUAAAACUCUGGAAGAGGCUAGUAAGGGUACUGUUUUCAUUGUUAAAAUACAGUUCUGAUGUCUUUAGCCUACUAACCAGAUCAAUUUUUUUUCCCCACAGGUACCUGCUGGUAUCUCCGGGUUUCAACCAGCAACAUUUCUCAAAUUUUGGGCAAUGUACUUGCAUGGAACAGUUUGAAUGUCAAGAUGUUUUGUUAGAAAUAAACAUAUUUAUAUACAAAUACCCCCUUGAGACUUUUUUUUUUUUUUAAUCUGGGGUACAGACUCACACCAGAGACUGUAAACAUGAGCUCAUAACAUUAGUUGAAUGUGGAUAUUUGGUACCUGGAGCCAAAUAAACCGUAACUGGUUAUACUAUAAAACAAAUUGGUCUAACCAUUACUAUAUGUCAGAUUGGCAACAUGCAGGUGUAUGGAUUAGAUGAUGGAAUCUGCGUUGUACAACUCACCCUUUCACAUCAUGGUGGCUAAGAGUGAAUAUGUUCUGAUCAGC